ACCUUCACUGAAGUAUAAUUUUUAUGUCAGAAACCCCCUGGGCUCCCAUACUCUCGUAUACAACCCGUUUUCGAUGCACGCUACUUAAUCUGACCACGUUUUCCUCUCAGUAAUACUGACAUGGCGGCGCCUUUUACGAGCGUCAGCGAAGGUCGGUUUGGGGACGCUGGCCUCGCGCGCAGGUGAAUAACGCGGGAACACGGGAGGCAGUGGGGAGAUACUUUGGGGAUCCCCACGAUUAUUUAUUUACCUGAGGUAGAGGCCGCUCAGUCCUUCUGGCAGAGGGAAAAAGGACACGCUUUUAGCUGUGACGCUCUGAGUGAGUGAUACUGGAUCACACGUGCCAUGGAGCGAGUGGCUCUCGUGGGAAUAACUCUGCUGCUUUUCGGACUCGCGCCGCUCGCGAACGCUGAGAGAGGAUGUUUGUGUGGUGGGAAAUCCAGAUGCUACUGUGAAGGAGUCAAAGGUGACAAGGGUGUGCCAGGUAGCCCAGGUCCAUCAGGACUGCAAGGUGAAAUGGGACUUCCAGGAAAUGAAGGCGAGCCUGGACAGAGGGGCAUCAAGGGUUCUAUGGGUGGGCCAGGGAGUCCAGGACCAAAAGGCUCACGGGGACUUGAUGGAAACCCUGGACAUUUUGGCACUCCAGGAAUACCUGGAGAGCAAGGACUUGAGGGCCCCAGAGGGCGGCCUGGUGCCCCAGGGUGCGAUGGUGCAAAGGGUGAAAGGGGACCUCAGGGACCCCCAGGAACUGCUGGUGUUACCGGUGAAAAAGGACAACCUGGUGUCCAAGGCGACAAGGGGGAAACACACUACUCUCAUUAUUCAGCUCCUCAGAUAGGACAGAAAGGUUUGCCGGGUAAAGAUGGGCCGGCGGGAGGGCCCGGAUUUCCAGGUGUGCCAGGACCAGCUGGCCUGAAAGGAUCACAGGGAGUUCCAGGACAAAGAGGGAAUCCUGGGCAACCGGGAGAGAAGGGUAAAGAGGGAAUACCAGGAAUACCAGGCCCCCAAGGUCAAAAGGGUGAGAGAGGUCCACCUGGUUUACCUGGACAGAGAGGCAUCAAGCUAUAUGCAACAGGAAUCAAGGAGAAUAAAGGGGAACCUGGAGAUCCUGGAGAAACAGGCUGCACUGGAAUGCCAGGCCCAAGGGGAGCGCUUGGCCGCAAGGGAGAGGCAGGAGAGAGAGGAGAUCCUGGGCCUCCGGGAAAAGAUGGAAAGGAUGGUCUUCAGGGAGAGGACGGUCUUCAGGGCUUUAAAGGGAUUAAGGGAUACUUUGGACCUUCUGGGAUUCCUGGUCCAAAGGGAGAACGAGGUAAUCCCGGUCCCCCUGGUCCCCAAGGAGAAAUCUAUGUAAGACGUGAACUAUUGAAAGGCCAAAGAGGGCCUCCUGGUUUACCUGGACCUCCUGGCCCUCAAGGCAGUAUAGGGCUAGUUGGAUUUCCAGGACGUCCAGGCAUUCCAGCAUCCUCUAAAAUUGGAGAUCCUGGGCCACGGGGCCAGCAAGGCCUUGAGGGGUUGAAAGGGGAUAAGGGAGAGCCAGCACCAUAUGAAGUAGGCCCCCCAGGAUUAGAUGGACCUCAGGGGCCACCUGGAUCUCCUGGUGAGCGAGGCCUUCCGGGACAGCCAGGUUUUUAUGAACGUGUGGGGCCUAAGGGAUCCAGAGGGGAGGAAGGCUUGCUGGGACUCAGAGGUGCUGUUGGAGAGCAGGGGGGAGACGGGGACCCAGGAGACAUCUGUAGAUUGUGCUAUUUGUCAGGCACUGAACCAGGACCACCUGGAAAACCUGGUCACCCUGGUAAUCCUGGAGUUCCAGGUGAUGUAGGACCACCAGGCACUAAAGGACCACAGGGUAUAAAAGGUUUGCAAGGUCCUCCUGGCCCACCAGGACCUCUUGGCAAUCCAGGAGCGCAAGGGCAUCAGGGGCCCAAAGGGGACCAUGGUUUUAUGGAAGGACCAGGGGAAAAAGGGGACUUGGGUGACCCCGGCAGACGUGGUUUUCCAGGGGUGAAAGGAAGGAGUGGAAUACCAGGAGCUCCUGGAAUUAAAGGUCCAAUGGGAGGAAAGGGCAAUCCGGGUGCUGUUGGAAAGAAGGGUGACCGUGGCGUCCCAGGCACAGAUGGAUUGCCAGGACGCCUUGGGCCAGCGGGUGUUCAGGGGUUCCCUGGAGUAGGGGCAGCAGGGUCCCCUGGUGAGAAGGGUGACAUUGGUGUAGAGGGUCUGACAGGGAAGUGUGGGGAACCAGGUGAAAAAGGAGAGCCUGGAGAAGUCUGCACAAUUCCUGGAGAACACGGGCAGCCGGGGGCAAAGGGUCAGCGGGGCCCACAGGGCCCAGCAGGUUAUCCGGGAUACACUGGAGUGCGAGGGUUCCCAGGAACAUUUGGCAUAAAAGGCCAGAAGGGACUUUCCCAACCAGGAGACGUGGGAAAUCCUGGACCCAGAGGUGAGAAGGGUGAGCAAGGUCGUCCAGGUGAUCCUGGCGUUGGGAAACCAGGUCGCCCAGGGCCUUCAGGACCACCUGGGGGGCCAGGUUUGAAGGGUAAUAUAGGUUUUGGCCCUCCAGGGCCCACUGGCAGGCCAGGACUGCCAGGAGAUGAUGGGCCACUUGGCCUUUUUGGUGACUCUGGUAGCCCAGGAUGCACUGGAUGUCGUGGACAGCCAGGGAGAGAAGGAGCACCGGGGGUUCCAGGUGCGGUGGGAUCUGUUGGGCCACUGGGGUUUACUGGCAAUCCUGGAAUCUGUGUUCCUGGAUACACAGGUAGCAAAGGACCCCUAGGUGAGAGGGGAAGACUUGGAACCACAGGGCCCCCGGGGCAGAGAGGAGAGCAGGGUGACCCUGGACUUUGUGGGUUGGGUUUACCUGGUCCUACAGGUCCAGCUGGGAAUCCUGGGUGUCAGGGAACACCUGGUCUAGAUGGGGCGAUCGGACCAAAAGGGGUCAGAGGAAGGGAUGGCUUGUGUGGCCCUCCAGGUCAUCGAGGGGACCAGGGGCCUCCUGGGUUCUGUGGCCCUCCUGGACCACCUGGAAACUGUGGCCCUCCUGGACGGCCUGGACCUAAAGGGUUUAUUGGCACUGAUGGACAACCAGGUUGCAAAGGUCUACCAGGGAUUCCAGGAGACCCUGGCGAUCCAGGCUGUCCAGGACAAAAAAGUAUUUUUGAAUGCCCUGGAGAUCAAGGAGAGUGUGGAACCCCAGGUGAUACUGGCCUUACUGGUGAAAAAGGUGACAAAGGAGACCCAGGAUGUAAUGGCAACAAUGGGAAGAAUGGAGCACCAGGAUGUGCGGGGCCACCAGGUCCUCCUGGAAACCCAGGCACUGAUGGCUGCCCUGGUGGCCCUGGUCCCCCUGGCAACGAAGGAGAUUGUGGAUUUAUGGGGUUGCCAGGUAUCAAAGGCUUUAAGGGUGAAAAUGGCCUCCCUGGAGAACCAGGAUCUGAUGGACCUCCAGGAGUAUGUGGACCAAAAGGGGUCAAAGGCGAACCUUGCCCACCUGAGCCAGGGCCUCCAGGAUGCCCAGGAAAUAAGGGUGUGCAGGGCAUUUCAGGCAGAAAAGGACAAAAGGGAGAAAGAGGACUGUGUGGCCCUGUAGGAUGUCCAGGUCCAGAUGGACCCUGUGGAGCCAAAGGAAAUGAUGGACCACCAGGCACACCAGGAUGCCCAGGGCCACCUGGAGAAAGAGGUUGCGAUGGAAAUCCAGGUCCCCCAGGUUGUCCAGGACCACCAGGCCCUCUGGGUUGUCCAGGCUUACCAGGUGAUCCAGGGUGUGCAGGGCCCAGAGGAAGCCAGGGCAAAGAUGGCAUCCCUGGACCUCCUGGAUUGAAAGGAGAGAAAGGGGUUCCUGGAUAUGGAUCACCAGGGCCACCUGGUGCUAUGGGUGGGCAAGGCCAAAGAGGGGAUCCGGGGCCAGAGGGCCCCAUGGGACCACCAGGUAUGUGUGGACCAGAGGGGGACCCUGGGCUUGCUGGUCUGCGAGGAAUACCUGGGCCCCCUGGGAAACCAGGUGAAAAGGGAUUGUGUGUGGAUGGACCCAAGGGACAGCGAGGUUGUGAUGGACCACCAGGAAACCCAGGACCCCCGGGGACGUGUGGUCCUCCAGGGCUACCUGGUCCUGGGCUGAAAGGUGAUAAGGGUGACUGUGGGGUUUUAGGACCAGCGGGACCCCCUGGUUGCAGAGGAAACAGUGGCCUACAGGGGCCACCUGGUGCUGAUGGGACUAAUGGUUGCCCUGGCCUCAAAGGAGAAAGGGGACUGAAGGGUGAACCUGGACCACUGGGUCAAAACGGAGAUUGUGGUCCCCUUGGCCCUCCAGGAUGUUCAGGUCUGAAAGGACCACCAGGAUGUCCAGGUCCUAAAGGGAAAGAAGCGGUCUGCGUAGACAUUUCUGUCCCUGGAGACCGGGGGCCAUGUGGAAAGCCAGGAGACAGAGGAUUAGACGGAGAAUGUGGCCCUCCUGGGCCACCUGGGCCAGAGGGAAUCAAAGGCUGUAAGGGAACCAGUGGCAAAGUAGGCAGAACCGGUUAUAAAGGACUACCUGGAGAGACGGGGGACAGAGGGUAUCCAGGGCCAAAGGGAGCUCCAGGUUGGAUUGGUUCUGCUGGUCUGAAAGGCAAAAGCGGGCCGCAAGGGCAGUGUCAGCCCAAUGGAUUCGACGACAGCUUCUUGUUCACCAGGCAUAGUCAGAGACACGACGAACCACCCUGCCCAGGAGGAUCCAAGCUACUCUACUCUGGAUUUUCACUCCUUUUUGUCAAUGGAAACAACAGGGGACAUGGGCAGGACCUCGGCACUCUAGGGAGCUGUCUACAGAGGUUUUCCACAAUGCCAUUUCUUUACUGCAAUACUGAGAGCACCUGUCGCUAUGCCUCUCGGAACGACUUCUCCUAUUGGCUGUCCACAAACACGUCCGUGCCCAGAGACUUGGCUCCUAUAUCUGGUGAUUCUCUGGAGCAGUACAUCAGCAGGUGUUCUGUAUGUGAGGCUUCCACUAAUGUAAUAGCAGUGCACAGCCAGACCACUCGGAUUCCAGACUGCCCUAAUGGCUGGCAGUCUCUGUGGCAGGGGUACUCUUUUGUUAUGCAUACAGGUGUGGGUGCAGAAGGCUCAGGACAGCCGCUGUCUUCUCCGGGCUCCUGUCUGGAGGAUUUCCGAAAAGUUCCAUUUAUUGAAUGCCACGGCAGUGGUACUUGUAACUUUUACAGUGAUUCUUACAGCUACUGGUUGGCUGCUCUGGACCCAAGCCAGAUGUUCAGUAAACCAGUCCCACAGACACUGAAACGAAACUGCCAAGGCAACGUCAUCAGUCGCUGUCGGGUCUGCAUGAAGCGCAUGGAAUGUUGUUACAGAUAGUGAGCUUUACAGCUCACACAGCUGCCACAGAGACAUUGGUCACCUGCCCAAAUACGGUGAGAUGCAAGUUCCUCACAGACCCACCUGAAUCGGCCGUUUCAGUUUGUACAAUCCUUUAAACUGAGGUUGCAUUCCAUAUUCAGUCAUGUUUGCAAUCUGCAAAGGGUCUUGAUGGAUGGACUUGUACGCACAGAGCGCUAUGAGGAAAUGUAAUGGGGCCAACUUAAAAGUUAUGGACUACUUCUCUGCCUAUUCUCUACAGAGGUCCUAUGUGUUUCAUCUAGUAUCUUUUUUCUUUUUUUGCAUAUCCAAAUGAUCACCUUGUUCAGAGCACUUCUUAAAAUCAC